GCACUUGUGUCUACACAUUCUGCGGCUCUGUAGCAGUCGGCUAGUCCGGCCAGUCACUCACUUUCUCCGGUCGACGCUGUGGAGAAAGCCAAGAAGAGAGAGAGAGAGGGGGAGAUCUUCCAAGAGGACCGCGUCCUCGCUUUCUUGUAUUUUGGAUGUCCGAAGCGAUGAUAAUCGAGCCAUAAAAUCGACUUGAAGCAGCUUCUGUAUUUAUGACACCAGCGGAGCAUUCAUGGAGCUCAACAAAAUGGUGACCCUGUGGAUAUUUUUCUUGUGUCUCAUCGGAGGAAGCCGCAGCAGCAACAGGCCCAGUUCGCCCUCGGCGGCGGAUACGACCGAAAAUGGCAUAUCAGAUUUGUGUCGCAUCGACGAGCCGCUGUGCCGAGAUGAGAACCCCAUCCUCAGCUUCGAGGCCAUCCGCAGCAUCCACAAGCAGAUGGACGACGACAAGAACGGCAACGUGGACGUGGCGGAGACGGACGGGUUCCUGAGGGAGGAUCUCAACUACCACGACCCCAAAGCCAAGCACAACAGCUUCCACGGGGACGACCAGUUCAUCAGCGUGGAGGAUCUGUGGAAUGCCUGGAAGGGCUCGGAAGUCUACAACUGGACGGUGGACGAGGUGGUGGAGUGGCUCAUCAGCUACGUGGAGCUGCCGCAGUACGUGGAGGCCUUCCGCAAGAUGAGCUUUAACGGCAGCGCCAUGCCCAGGCUGGCCGUGAAGAACUCCACUCUGACGCACGCCAUCCUCAAGAUCCUGGACCGCAGCCACGUUCAAAAGCUGCAGCUCAAAUCUUUGGACACCGUGCUGUUCGGAGCGCCCCUCAUGAAGAGGCACAACCACCUGAAGGACUUCAUGCUAGUGGUGUCCAUCGUCAUCGGGAUGGGCGGCUGCUGGUUCGCGUACAUCCAGAACCGCUACUCCAAGGAUCACAUGAAGAAGAUGAUGAAGGACCUGGAGGGCCUGCAGAGGGCCGAGCAAAGUCUGCACGACCUGCAACAAAAGCUGCAGAUCGCCCAGGAAGAGCACCGCUCGGUGGAGGUGGAGAAGGUCAACCUGGAGCAGAAGCUGCGGGACGAGAUCACCACGGCCAAGCAGGAAGCCCAGCGGCUCAGGGAGCUGCGCGAGGGCACCGAGAACGAACUCAGUCGACAGAAGUACGCCGAAGAGGAGCUGGAGCAGGUGCGCAUGGCUCUGAAGAACGCCGAGAAGGAGCUGGAGUCGCGGAGUGGCUGGUCCCCUCCCGAGCCGCUCCAAAAGUGGCUGCAGCUCACCCACGAGGUGGAGGUCCAGUACUACAACAUCAAGAAGCAGAACGCCGAACGGCAGCUCCUGGUGGCCAAAGAGGGGGCAGAGAAGAUCAAGAAAAAGAGGAACACCCUUUUUGGAACUUUCCACGUGGCGCACAGCUCGUCCCUGGAUGACGUGGACCAUAAGAUUUUGGCAGCAAAACAAGCGCUGGGCGAGGUGACGGCCGCCCUGCGCGAGCGUCUCCACCGCUGGCAGCAGAUCGAGCUGCUCACCGGCUUCAUCGUGGUCAACAACCCGGGCCUGCCCUCGCUGGCGUCGGCCCUCAACCUGGACCUCGGCUUCGGGGGCGGACGGGCCACUCCACAGCACUUCUUGGUGUCGGACGACAUGGACGACCUGGACGAGGACAUCAUGCCCGCCGUGCUGCAAUCUCCCAGCAUGAUGUCGCUGCGCCAGCGCCACAUGGACCCCUACCUGGCUUUGAGCUCGCAGAGGUUGGUAGAGGGUUCCCUGCCGGAGGGUCAGCAGGGGGAGGGAGCCUCGCACCCGGGUCCCCCCCGUCCCCGGCCCGCCUUCCGCGUGUCCCGCAGUCAUUCUUUCGGCCACCUGGAGAGUCUGUGCCUGCCCCCGCUGUCCUCCGCCGUGUCCCACCCCGCCAUCAUCUGUAGCUCUGGCGCCAGUCCGCAUUGCUCCUCCUCCGUGGCCCUUCAUCCCUCCCACGUUUAUCAGCCUUCCUUCCAGCCCAUGGACCCGAUUCCCGACCUCGCUUUCUCCGACUUCUCCAAAGCGCACUCGCCGCGUCGCGACAGCUUGGGGGACCUGAAUCGCUCGGACUCGGACUCGUCGCUGUCCCUGUCGCAAGCAGGCGACCGCCUUUCGGCGUUUGGCUCCAAAGGCCUCCUGAUGAAGCCCACCUCCCUCCUGCACGGCCUGUCCAACGGCGGCGCUCGGCUCCACGAGGGCGGCGCCGGCGAGCACCUGCCCGACAGCCCUGUGCUCAUGAUGAGAGCGUCGACGCAGGUGGAGGGGGCGGCGGCCGAGGCCCACAGCCCCGCCGAGUCCACCCGCUCGCUCAGCUCCACCGAGCCGGAGACGCCCUCGCCCACCUGGGCCAAGGGCAACACCCGCAUCCCGCAGCUGUCGGCCAAGAAGAGCCCGCUGGAGGAGGACAGCGGCUCCACAGGCGAGGACACGGAUUUCUCGGCCGCGCGCAAGAAACACACCUUCAAGAUCUUCAAGAAGCAGAAGAAAUAAGAACCACUCCGCUUUUCUUUUUUUUUUUUGGCUGAAGUGAAAUUCCACCGUGAACCCAAAGGGGCUGUAAUCUAUCUAAAAAAAAAAAAAACAUGCAAUGAGUACUUGGAAUGCCUCAAUAUCCAAAACACACACACGCAAAAGGUGACUGCUACCAUGCAUGACCUAGCUACCGUAUUUGACGGAGCAUUCGGUACACCGGUCGAUUUUGCGUUUUGACAGAUUUGUCUUUUUAAAAACUUCUGUUACAUUGCUGUUAAAUGUGCAUUUGUUUGUCCAUCCUGAAAUUUAAUUCAAAAACUGCAUAUUGCUCACUUUCUGCCAGGUGGAUGUGUGUGUUGGGUCUGACGCAUUGUCAGAGGUAUUUUUCAAUGGCAGUCUCGAAGGGAAACAAACCACGCAUGUCUUUGGUUUGAAUCCUGGAAAUUUUAUAAAAUCUUAUCACAGACUCCUUGAAUGACUCAAAAGGGCUCGUUUUGGUCCAGUGGGAGUUUUACUCCAUUCUUUUGGGGCUGUGAGGGGGGGGGGGGGGGGGGGGCUUGUACCAGACUAUAUGGUGGUGUUGGGUCUGUUUGUGUUUCUUUGCUAUUUUAUGUUCUCAAUUGAAACGCGUUAUUUAUUGGAAUACACAUCUUAUGACAUCAGGAGAGAAGAAAUGUUACCAAAAAAAAUGUAAGAGUCCUUUUUUUUUUAAAUAUAUAUAUAUAUCCAUUAGCUUCUUAUGGUACGAACAGGAUCGCAUUGUAUUACGAUUGCAACCGAAGGCCUUCUUAAAAUCGUUUUAUUUCGCACUCGCCUGACCAAGGCAUCAUUUUUUUUUUUUUUUUGCAGCAUCCCAGCAACCCAAACUGGUGUCAAACUCAUUUUUUUCGCGGGCCGCAUUGUAGUCAUAGGUUCUUUCGGGUGACUGUCAACCCAAAUAAACGUAUGAGCACCUCAUAUUAUAUACAGUAAAAGCUACAAAAAAACCUGACAAAUAACUCGUUUUCAAAUCAGACGAGU